CCACCUUGUGAAAGUGGAACAUAAAAACAAGAGACCGAAACCAAAUCAUAGUAUCAUAUCACAACUAAACUUAAUUGCACAAAUGGCUGCACCUGCUUGUUGUCUACCUCCCAACAAUGAUCUAGCAUCAAGGCUAGUUCAAAAGAUAGCUCAAACUGUAAAAGAUGAUAUUCCUGACCAAUUCUUGCACAAAGAUGGCUUUCCUGAAGCCAAAGAUAUCGCUCAGUUUUGGACAGACUCUCUCCUCAUUGAUCUUUCUCUCAUCUCUUCGGGAGAUAAAGAUGAAUUUGCCAAAUUCCAAUCUGUUCUCUCUACCUGGGGUUGUUUCUUGGUAAAAAAUCAUGGAAUAGAAGAGUCUUUCCUAGAAGAGGUGAUUGAGGUUUCAAGGGAAUUCUUUUCACUUCCAUUUGGUGAGAAGAUGAAAUACUAUACAGAUGAUAUCUUCCAAGGGUAUGACACUGAUGCAGUUUGUCAAGGGUUGGAUCAACAAAAGAUGAAUUGGAAUGAUAGGCUAUUUCUUACCAUGUACCCUAAGGAAAAAGGCGACCUCAAAGCGUGGCCAGCAAAUCCCUCAAAUUUCAGGGAAAUUGUGGACGGGUAUAUCAAAAAUAUAAUAGACCUAGCUGAGGCUCUUUAUAAGUCAGCGGCAAAGUCCCUGAACAUAAGUGAAGACAGCUUCUGUUUAGAGAAAGAAGGGGUUAUAUUGUCAAGGUUCACCCUUUACCCAAAAUGUCCUCGCCCCAAAAAUGUACUUGGGUCCAAGCCACAUUUAGAUGGCUCACUUUUCACUAUAGUCUUGGCUGAUGAAGAAGGUCUCGAGGUCGAGAAAGAUGGUCAGUGGUUCAAGGUUCCCGUCAUUCCGGGUGCCCUCUUUGUCAAUUUUGGCGACUUUGGUGAGGUGCUGACAAAUGGGAUAUACAAAAGUACAAGGCAUAGGGUGGUGACAAAUCCCGCAAAGGAUAGACUAUCAGUCACAGCAUUCUGUACCGUGGAUGCAACUCGAGAACUCACACCCUUAACUGAAUUGGUCACGGCAACUCGGCCUGCUUUGUACAAGAAGUUCAAAGUGUACGAGUAUAAGGAGGGUGUUUGUUGUCAAUGUGGGCCAGGGGAAAACGCCAUUGAUGCCGUCAAACUCGAGUUUCCCCAAAUUUAAUUUGGCCUAAAUAAUGUUUGUUACGUACCACGUACGUACUCCCUCUGCCCGUACGUGCAACCAUCAUACUACUUCGUAAUUAUUCAUAUAUAUUAAUAUAUAUAUAUAUAUAUAUAUAUAUAUAUAUAUAUAUAUAUAUAUAUGGAUGUGUGAUCACUCUUCUAGUUUGAUUGGGAACAUUGUUGUGAGUUGUUAUCUAUAAAUAAGUGGAAUAUAUGUGUGAUUGUGUGAAAAUAUUAAGCAUCUCUACCAGUAUAUGGAAUGGUGAGAGGUAUUUUACAGUUUAAUACUUCAUGAUUGUAUUAUUGUAAUUUUGCGUACGGGUUUUCUAAGACCUAUAUAAAUUGUUUGUUAUUAUUGAAUAUAUUAUCCACUUGA